AAGUGUGGUACGAUCUAAAAAAUUUUACUUUUUCACCAAUAGCAUAAAAUCCCGUUUAUGUUGACGCAAACAGCUUCAGGUGUCGAGAUAGGAGAUGAAGCCGAUAUUUUUAUAUAAUUCCACUCGCCAUAAUAGCGGGAACAGAGUUAAGGAUCGGUUUUGGAAAAUAUUACGCCUUUGUUGCGAAAAUUAAUUUUUUUGAAACCGGUAGCAAAAAACAAGGGAAUUUACUUGUAUUUUGUGCAAAAUACAAGUGAAUUUCACCGCCAAACUACCAUUAUUUUGCCAAACAAAUACUAUAUUUGGAAUCAGCAUCAAAAACCGAAUUUAUUGACAUGUGGAUCAGGACUUCUGGGCAACUUUCAUUUUUUUCGAACGUUUCAACCGAGAUUUUGCAGAAAAUUGAAAGUUGUCCAAAAGACACUCAAUCAUUUUUUCUGCUUUCGCUCACAGACUACUGGUAUCUUUUCAGUUUGAGCCUCUACAGAUAAACUUCCGCUGUUGCAGGUACCAAGCGCAGGAACACCAGAAACAAGUAACGCUUCGACUGACACUCACACUUCACCAAGUGGUGUAACCCCUCCAAGUAGUCAUCCUUCAAGCGACAGUCACACUUCAUCAAGCAGUACAGCACUAUCAGAAGCAACCCACAGUUCGAUCCACACUUCACCAAGUGCCGCAACAUCAGGAAAGAGUCAUCAUUCCACUCGCCCUCGUAGUUCACCAAGUAAUGCAACAGCUACCGAAAGUUACCCAUGGACUGUGAGCGACAGUUCACCAAGUCAUGCAACAUCCAGAGCAAUUCACGCUUCGACCGACACUCACACUUCACGAAGAGGUCCAACCCCUCCAAGUAGUCAUCCUUCAAGCGACAGUCACAUUUCAUCAAGUGCACUAACACUGGCAAUAAAUGAAGUUUCGACUGACACUCCAACUUCAGGCAGUAGCGCAACAUUAGAAGCCACUUACCGUUCGACUCACACUUCCGCAGGUGCUGCAACAUCAGGUGCAAGUAAUGCUUCAAGCGACAGCGACCGUUCACCAGGUAUUGCAACAUCUUCCGCGAGUCACCACUCGACUGACACCAACAGUCCACCAAGUGCCCUAACACUAGACAAAAGUGAUCGAUCCACUCGCCAGCAUAGUUCACCAAGUACUCGAACACUUACCGUGAUGGCCCAUAUAAACAGUAUUGAGCAAUUAGAUCCAACGACAGGAAGCGGAAUUCAUUUCACAACAUCACUUGUAUCAUCGAUUACAAUGAUCCUUUAUAUGACACAGCUAUCUCAAGUAUAUUCUCUUUCUAUCGGACAAUCAAGCAAUGUAAAUCAGUUUCAGGCUUCACUGCAUGAUUCUGACGGUGCGCCACUUACGGACGAAAAUGGUAAAAAUAUUUCACAAAUUUCAUCACUGGGUGAUCGUCCAAUGAUCAGUUCUGGAAUAGCAAUCUAUCUUGUUGGCGCUGUAUCAAUUCAGCUAUUAACGACA